CUGAACAACCAUUAAGUAGACGACAGCUGCACGAGAAUCUUCUUUCUGAAAACGUCCUUAAACCACCACAGACGACGUCAGUAGACAAGUGCUUCACAGCAAAUAUACUUUACAACAACUCUGUUACACUGGAACACUUGCGUUCACACAAUACGAUAAGAUAAGAUAAGAUUAUCUUUAUUGAUCAACAUCACCAGGGAAAUUCACUUCAUCCAACAUGGAGAGGAUCAACUGCUCUGGAGACAAAUCACUUGAACAAAUGCUGUCUGAAGGAACUCAGGCCUUCAGCCGAGCCGCCCGCCGAGUCCUCCGUGCCACCGGCCGAGCCGCCCGAGUCCUCCGUGCCACUGGCCGAGCCGCCCAACGAGUCCUCCGUGGAGCCCUCCACCGAGCCCGUCGCUUUGCCCCAACAUCAAUAGCCAGAGUAGAAAAGUUGGAGAAGGACAUCAAAGAUCUGAAGAUGACGAUGAAAGUGAUUGUGGAAGAAAAAUUCUCCCUGAGCUCCGAUCUUCAGCUCCAGCCCCCGGAGAACAUGAUAGUGGAAAGCGACUGGAAGGUGAAAUUUGAAGCUCUGCAGGACCAGCUCACGGAGACAGAGGAGAAGUUGUUUGCUGAGCAGGAAAAAGUGAAAUAUCUGACCCAGCAGAACACUGAGCUUCAGGAACUCACCUUGAAGACCGAUGAGAACAAGGAGAAAAAGCAGGAGACGAAAGAGAGAGAAGGGACAGAAGAAGAGAAAGAACAAGGAGAAGAAGGAAAGCGAUGGGACAGAGAGCAGGACCAACCAUCCCCUCGUCCUGACUCCCCCCCUCCCCCCGCUCCCUGUAACACACCAUCCAGCAGUGCCUGA